GUCAGUGGCUGCUUACUGUGUAUUUUGCUACAGAAAAAUAGGAACCUCUGGUCCAGCCACAAAAAAACACCUACCCUGGAAUGAUCUCAUUAUUUCUACAACAUGUAGCUGCUGCCUCUUGUCUGCAUGCAAAAUUCUUAUGGCCUCACAAAGAUGGAAGCUGGUAGCAGUGGUUGUGGGGCAAAUCUCCCAGUUCAUGCUGAGGAAAAGAAAUUAUUCAUGAUAGGAAAAAUUGCAAAGGUAACUGGAUCGCUUAUACUAGGAGGUUUUGUAUUCAUUACAUAUGAAGUCCUGUCCUUAAAUAAGUUACUGCAAAUCGAUACUCAAGCACUACAUCAAGAAAAACUUAAAUCCUAUGUGUACGUACGUACAGCUUCUCUAAGUCCAAGUGAAUAUCAAGGGAUUACAUACAAAGCCAGAAAAGAAAUCCAUAAAGCAGUGAGGAGAAUUCUAGAAACAGAAGCUAAAAUCUUCUGGAGACCUUUUAAUGAACAAUUCAGUACCUUUGAUGGAGAAGACCAUGAAUGUGCCUUAUGGCUUCUCUUAAAGAGAAGUCAGUCAGAAGACAAAGCAACCCGACUGCAGGCUGUACAAGACCUGGCAAGCAACAGUCAUUGGCAUGAUUAUCAGUAUGGCACAGUUGCUCAAACCUGUGAUCAAAGGACUGCUAUAGGUUUGGCUCGAUCCAAAGAUGUUGACCUUCGCUUUUUCCUGCCUCCACCACCAUUGCCAAAAAUAAAGACUGAUUAUCCCAUAGAAGAUGAACUUCGCUUGUUGUUGGUAUCUUUACCUCAGACUGGUCUUGAUCCAUGUGUCCAGUACUUCACAUCUCUUGCAUUACAUGAAAGUAGCCAGACUCUUGCUGCACAAAGGGGAGGCUUAUGGUGUUUUGGAGGAAAUGGACUUCCAUAUUGUGACACAUUGAGUAAAAUCCCUUCAGAGACAGUGGAGCUCUUUUGCCUGCAGGCUUUAGUGCAGCAUUCUAAGAUUUCUUCUCACUGUGAUAAAAUUGAAGCUAAAGGAGGCCUCCAGCUACUGCAGAGGAUAUACCAGCUACGUAAAGAUUCUGCAAAGAUACAGAGGAACAUAAUCCGCAUUAUUGGGAAUAUGGCUUUGGAUGAACGUCUUCACUCAUCCAUAGUACGUGCAGGUUGGGUUUCUGUCCUUGCUGAAGUAAUGAAAUCCCCACACGUCAUUCAAUCUUCUCAUGCAUCCAGAGCUUUGGCUAACCUAGACAGGGACACGGUGAAAGAAAAAUAUCCAGAUGGUGUUUAUGUCUUGCAUCCACAAUAUCGUAGCAGCCAGCCUAUCAGAGCAGACAUCCUUUUCGUUCAUGGUCUUCUGGGAGCUGCGUUUAAAACCUGGCGACAGCAAGACAUUGACCGGCGUGUGGAUAAAAAGGCCUCAGAAGGGGAAGAGGGCUAUAGUCAGUGCUGGCCAAAGACAUGGCUUUCUUCAGACUGUCCUUCCCUUAGAAUCAUAUCUGUGGAGUAUGACACCCAUUUGAGUGACUGGAAAGCAAAAUGUCCUGUUGAGGCUCACAGGAAGUCUAUUGCUUUCAGGAGCAGUGAGCUGCUUGACAAGCUCAAAGCUGCUGGGAUUGGAGACAGACCUCUGGUGUGGGUAUCCCAUAGCAUGGGUGGUCUUUUAGUGAAAAAGAUGCUGGUGGAUGCUUCCAAGAAUCCAGAAAUGGAUAAAAUUGUAAACAACACCAGAGGAAUCAUAUUUUAUAGCGUACCUCACCAUGGUUCCCAGCUGGCUGAAUAUUCUAUAAAUGCCAGAUAUCUCCUCUUCCCAUCUGUGGAGGUUAAAGAGCUCAGCACGGAUUCUCCUGCCCUUAAAGAGCUGAAUGAUGACUUUUUGUCUUUUGCCAAAGACAAGAAAUUUUCAGUGCUGAGUUUCGCAGAAACCUUACCAACACAUAUAGGCAGCAUGAUCAAACUGCACGUUGUACCUGUGGAGUCAGCAGACAUAGGAAUUGGAGACCUUAUUCCAGUGGAUGUUAAUCAUCUAAAUAUUUGCAAGCCAAAGAAGAAGGAUGCUUUCCUGUAUCAACGUACACUGAAGUUCAUUCAGGAUGUCUUAGCCCAAGAACUGUGAGAGUGAUGUUUUGCCAUCCUUUCCUGCUUGUGUCCUGUGUUUGGUGUAACACAGAAACUUCUAACAUAUUAGGGGAUCUGGAGAAUUACAAGGGUGCUGUGUCAAAAGUAUCUGCUGCUGAGUAACUUCCUGUGCAUCUUGAACUUUAGACACCUCUCCAAUUUGUUUCUCAAAAUACAUUCAAAACAAGUACAAACUUGGCAAAACCUGAGUGCGUGCCCAGGGUAUCUUCUUUUAGCAAAAAAAACAAAACCAAGCUUGCUUUGAAAGCAGAUAAAUAUACACCUGGGAUAAAGUCUUACAGAGAGGAUUAAAAACAAUUAAAUGAGGUGGUUAUUUGUUGUGUCAAAGGGGAGAAGCAGCACAUGGCUGCUGCAGAGAUUUGGUUUACUGUCCAUGUUAGGAUAGCCUGACUGGAGCCCGAAAAAAUAGUAUUCAAGUGAAUGAAGGUGGCAUUUUGGUCUAGUGGCCCGAUUUUAGCAGGGUUUGUCAUUUGCCUUUUCAUUUAAUAGAUCACCCAGAUUGGUCAGCAGAUACAGCAUCUAUUUUUCUGCAUGAGAAGGAGACAGGUUGGUAGCUUGCCUUGCUUAAAAAAUUGUCGUCUGUUUGUAUAAAUGAAAACAAACAAAAAAAUCCUCUUCUUGUACUUUCCCUCCUAAUCUUAGCAACUUGUGAUAUUACUUUCCUUAGGACAGUGUGUGUCUGGUCAGACAGGGCAGUUCUGUGCUUGUUCACAUUGAAGAUGUGUUUGAUGGGCUCAGCUUUUCUGCUUUGCUCUUGGGACAAACCAAGAAUUUGCUACAUUCAAAUCCCUGGCUCAUGUUACUCAUACAGAAACUUUUCUGUAGGUGAUUUAAAGAAGAGCAUUGAAAAUGCUCAGGUGGAGCACAACAAAUGUAGGCCGUGACAAGAAAGCUAAUGCUUAGAGUUUGGAGAUGAGGUAGAAAAAAAUAAAGCAGGAAAAAUAUCAGGUGAUUGUAAGGCCUCACUGGAAUUACCACAAAUGUUUUGGUUUCUUGGGGCCCAAAUAUAUAUGUUAGUGUAGAUACAGAGAAUUACAGCAGUGUCUUAUUUGAGUUUGUUUAGGAUACCCUAACAGUACUGAUGAGAAAUCAGUAGUUUUAGACAGAGAAAAAAAUGGCAAUGCACAGUCACUUUUUUGAAGUCUUAGAUAGUUUGCACUGUGGUUAAAAGCAGCCUUAUGUUACUGUGGUCUCAUUACUUCCUUUCUUUGCACCUGCAUCCCUCUCUGAAAAUAAAAUGGGCUGUACAACAGCUACAUUGCCUUUGCUGACCAUUUGUUCAAUAAGGUCUGUAUUGAUGACAGGCUUGAGGUGUCUCCUCACGUCACUCCUGUGAGAUGGAUCCAAUAUUACUGCCCUUCAAAUGAUGGCUGUGAAAGCUGCCAAGGAGGUGGAUGCACCCUGCAGUUCUGCAUGGGCUUGGUGCUGUGGGCACUGCAGUCCUGCCAGGUCCUGAGAGCAGCCCAGGAGGACACUGCAGCUCAAAAUACACUUCUGGAAAUUGAGGGAGUUGCAAAGUAAAAUUCACAAGAGCAGUACAGAGACUGUACAGCACUACACUGGCAAAAAGAGCAUUUCCCCCCCCAAUGGAGAUGUAGGUAAAAACACUGCAUGGCAGUAUUUUAUAUAGAAAAUGUAACAGAAAUGUCCUAAUUUCUAAAGAGCUUUAUAUUUUUUACACUGUGGUUUAGACUUCAGAGUGUAAAUAUAUUAGUACACUUUGUAUUCACAGAGUAGAUUAUGUGGGAGUAUGUGGAACUCAUGGUGAGUAGACAAGACUUCUAAUAACAAUGUUUGUUUCAUGUGACAAAUCUAUUGGUUUUAAUAGAAUCCUUUGGCUUACACAGAUUCAGAUCAGUGACAUUAAACAUUAAUCUUAGCAAAUGCAUCUAUGUUUUGUAACUGGAAUUCUUAAGGCAACGUUCUCCUUUUUGUAACUGUAUUUAUAUAUGUGUAACUUCAAAAACUAAUAUUUGGUGGGGUGUUGUUGGGUUGGGGGUUUGGGUUUUAUUUUUUUUUAAUAUAGUAAUAGUAAUAAAAUGUGAUUUAUAAGUGUCUUGGAUAUGUCACAAAGUGUAUUAAAGAUUAAUGAUCUGCCAGCUGAGUACUGUGGACCACGCUCAUUUUUGUUAAAGGUCUGCAUAUUUUUUAGUCAUUGUUUUGUGCUGGGAGAAUGUAACAUCACCCUUCACUUGGGUAAGAGGCACGGUGCUGGGGGUGGCUGAUCAGGCGUGUUUUGCUAAACUGAGCAGUUUGUCAGUUGUGCUUUUGAAUUUUGCAGUAGUGUCUUCUAAAGCAUGUACAGACCUUAGUUUGAGGGCCAGCAGGUCCAUGGCAUAGCAUUUGCAUCUGCUUCUCAUCAGGAAUUGGAUGCUUUUAUGCUUCCUGGUGUCUUUCUGUAAAUUCUCAGGUCUCAAACUACUUUAGUCUCAUCCAGUAGCUCAGCUGCAGGUGUGGUGAGCAGGUUGUGUGUGAGUUGUGUGAGGAGAUGAUGUUUCAUCUCAUCUGCACUAUGGCAUCCAAGAGUAAAAUAGACAGGAAGGGAGGGCUAAAAGGGGUUGGUCUGUCUUGCCCUUGUUGUCCAGCAGUCUGGUGUAACUGUGUUGGUUUCUAGCAGCAUCAGCCACCAAGUAUUCAAUUGCUGUGACUUGUGCUUCCUGGUUACACCUGGAGCAGCUGGCUUGAAAUGAGAAAUUUUCUGUCUGGUGAAAAUGGCAAUUCUGGAUAAAAAGGGAAAAGCAAAGGUUUUUGUCAGAGUGAAAAUUCUGACCAAUGUUUUGGUUUGCUUUCUUUUUGUUUUUUAGGGGGGUUACCACUGAAACAAAGCUAAAUCAGGCAUUCCUUUUCCAAGGAGAACCACUUACCCAAAUGCAGCAGAGCAAUCAGGGUGCCUACUGCAACUUGAAAGCAAUACUGCAGGCCCUGGGCAAGCUCAUGUGGUGUCUUGCCAAAGCCUCUCACAUUAAAGAGGCAGACACUUGUAGACUUCUGUCUGGUAAAUCAUUCAUACCUGGCUCCACACCUGCCAUCACACCUCCAUCAACAAUUUUUGCCAAGUGCUGGGUUUAUGACCGGAAAAAUGUCACGGGACAACCAUGGGAUAACCACUCCCUACAACCCAUUAUGUGUCCCUGAAGACUGACAUCUGUCCCUGAGGACACUGAUUUCCAUUGAUUAUGUCCCAGUGAGGGUGGGCAUCAGAGCCCACCCAGAGGUGUGCUGUGGGUUCCCUGGUUGUGGACAUCAGGUAAUAUAAGGAUUUAGGUUACUUGGCCUCUUUUCACAUGGUGAGGCCUGGCUUAAUCCCAAAUGAGAAGGAAUGAAUCACUGCCUCCUGAAGUCUGAGUUUUCCAUAGUGAUUUCCCAAACAUGGAGCAAGUCUGGCUCUGCUUUGCUUCCUCUGACCAUUGAAACUAAAACCAGGUCACAAGCUUGUCACAAGCUCCUGCCUCUGAGAAAACACUUGGCUGGGAUGUUGGCACCGGUGUGGAAAGUAAUUUAUUGAGAUAGGAAAUUCCUCAUUCUGUGCUGUAACCUUUUCAGCUGGACUGUCUGUCCCCUUCCCUUGAUUUGCUGCAACUGAGCAGUAUCUGCUGUCACUGAUAGCAUAAAGCAGCGAACUGCUGGGAUUCAUCCUUCAGUGGGCAGCUUGCCACAGACACGGACAUAAGAUAGAAUGCUAAAGGCCACAUCCGUCUCUUAUUCAAGGAGAGUAAUAAAGCAGAUUUUAUUUGACUUAUAUAAAUCCAGUUUAAUUGGCUUUCCUGCUAACACUUUCAUUAACAUGUAAAUUAGCUGUCCUAGAGCUGUUAAUUAUCUUUGCAGAAAAUGUUGGAUGUGGUCAUAUACCGUACUCUUUCUUUUUUACUGCUAAUGUUUUAUACUGAGAUGUGCCCAUAAAUAUUCACUGUAUUUUUUUUUAAAGGAGGAAUAAGAGGCAAAGGCUUUGUGUCAUCUUGUAGGGAAACUAGUAUCUUAUAUUAUUCACCAGCCUGCAACCACGUUAAACUGACACUCACAGGAGAAGCUUAAUACUGGGCUUUAUGGGCUUGGCCUUUGAAGGUUCUGGGGAUUUUUUUUGAAGUGUAUGGCAAAUGAGAGAGCAGAGGAGGAUGACAGGUCCUCUCUUACGUCUUGUGUUCAAAAAGAAACAGGUAGACAUUCUGAGGAAGAUAAUGGCUGAAUCCCCAGUCUCAGG